UCUUGCCUUUUUGCGCAAAUACUAUGGCCUCGAUAAUAAUAUCCUUUACAUUGUUAUUAGCUAUUCAUUUUGUUAUUCCAAGUACACAAGCUUAUUUUUACUACUAUACAAAUUGCACGGGAAGUUCAAAUUACAUCAUAAAUAGCCCUUAUCAAACAAACCUCAACAAUCUCUUAAACAACUUAACCUCCCAAGCAGCGCAGUCCGAAUCACGAUUCUACUACUCGACGUUUGGCCAAGCUCCCAAUCGAGUCUAUGGCCUCUACCUAUGUCGAGGUAACACUGAUAGUCAAUAUUGUAGCCGAUGUGUUAAUGAAUCACAUUUGAAUAUCCUCAAAGAGUGUCCAACCCAAAAUUGGGCCGUUCUAUGGAGUGAAAAUUGUACAAUUCGUUUUUCUAACGUGUCAAUCUAUCAGAAACUCGAUGUUACUCAUAGAAUUGUGGGAUAUAACGAUGUUCCAACGAUUCCUAGUAAUGGAAUCCAAGCAUUUUUAGAUGAACGGAAUAAAACCAUGAAUGAUUUAGCACCCCUAGUCUCGAAUAGCUCCAUGAAGUAUGGUAAUAAGACCGGUGAUGUUACAAGUUCCUUAAAGUAUUACGCGAUGGCUCAGUGUACACCGGACUUGACUUCCGAUGAUUGUAACCAGUGCUUGAGUAACGGAAUUAGUCAGCUCCAGACGAGGAUCGGUACAUGGGUGUUGCUACCUAGUUGUAAUGUUCGAUUUGAUCUUACUGUUAUGAAUGAAACAGCAACAACAAUUCAUGAAGGAAAAAGAAAAAACACAGCAAAGGUGAUCAUUGCCAUUGUGAUUCCAGUGGUUGUUAUAUCAGCUGUAAUUCUUGCCCUAGGAAUAUGUUAUAAGAUUAAGAAAGCUAAGAAGUAUAACACAUUGCACGCUAGAAGUGCAAGUCAGGAUUUUGCAAUGAUUGAGUCCUUGCAAUAUGAUGUGGCUACACUUCAAUUGGCAACUAAUAAUUUUUCAGAUGAGAAUAAAGUCGGCGAAGGUGGAUUUGGAGGCGUCUAUAAGGGUAUAAUGCCAGAUGGACAAGAAAUAGCAGUGAAGAGGUUGUCCAAAGGUUCUUACCAAGGGGAAGAAGAGUUCAAGAAUGAGGUGUUGUUGGUAGCAAAACUUCAGCAUAGAAACUUGGUUAGACUAUUAGGGUUUUGUUUAACUGGAGAGGAGAUGAUUCUAGUGUACGAAUACGUUGCCAAUAAAAGCCUAGACUAUUUUUUAUUUGAUACGGAAAGACAAGGGUUGUUAGAUUGGGGAACGCGAUACAAUAUUAUAGGGGGGAUUGCUCGAGGGAUGCUUUAUCUCCACCAAGAUUCUCGGCUUAAAAUAAUCCAUCGUGAUCUCAAAGCAAGCAACGUUUUGCUUGAUGAAGAACUGAACCCCAAAAUUUCAGACUUUGGCUUGGCAAGGAUUUUCGAUGUGGAUCAAAGCCAAGGGAAUACAAAUAGGAUUGUCGGAACUUACGGUUACAUGUCUCCAGAGUAUGCAAUGCAAGGCCAAUUCUCCGACAAAUCAGAUGUCUAUAGCUUUGGCGUACUUGUUUUAGAAAUCAUCACUGGAAAAAGAAGAAAUAGUUGCUUCGAUGAUUUGGGUGACGCUGAUGACCUUAUAAGCCAUGCAUGGAUAAAAUGGAGGGAAGGAAAUCCUUUGGAAUUUGUGGAUCCAAUAAUAAGAGACUCAUGCUCAAGUGACGAAGUUUUGAGAUGCAUGCACGUUGGCUUGCUUUGCGUUCAAGAGUCGAUGGAUGUUAGACCUACAAUGGAAUUACCAGUUCUCGUGUUACAUAGUAAUGCAUACACACUUCCAAUGCCACAAGAGCCGGUUUUCGUUUUUAGAAACAUAAGAGAAAUAAACGUUGUAGACAGCAAGUCUAGCGGGUCUGUAAAUAAUGUAACUAUGUCUGGGGUUGACCCAAGAUGAAUGCAUAUAGAUGAGAUGUCUAAG